AUGUCUGCGAAUAAUAAUCAAACUCAAAAUUUAAAAAUAUUAAAAUUACAAUUACAAAUUGAGCGGGAAAAAACCAAACAAAUACGAAUACAAGAAAAAGAAGCAACCAAACGAAAAAGACUUGAAGAAAAAGAAGCGACCAAACGAAUAAAACUCAAAGAAAAAGAAGAAACCAAACGAAAACAAAUAAAUGAAGAAGAAUUUACCAAACGCAUGAAACCAGAACUCGUACUAUCAUUAUCAAAGGCGAAGAAUUCGGCACCAGCGCCAAAUUCUAUAUCAACAAACGAAGGCACGGCUAGUUCAUCUUCUUCUUCAUCUGAUUCUUCCGAUGAUUCGGAAGAGUGUUAG